AUGACGAUCAGGAAGAACGACUGUCGCAGUAACAGUCCGUACGAACUGGCCACUAAAAUGGAUUCAGCCGACUCCGGUUCCAGGCACCCUGCCCUGCCGACACCAGUACUGCAGCAGACGGAGGAACAAUUUAAAACAGUUCGCCGUGAGAUGCAAGGGAUGUCGGUACGCCAGGAGAACAUUCACAGCCAGCUCCAGAUCCAGCUUUACUUCCUGCUGUUGCCCCGCAUGCUGUCUCGCCACAUCUCUCGCGUCCCGAAAGAUUUUCCGGGGAUUCUGGAGACUACGGAGCGCUCCAAGGUGGCCUACAUAAUUUCGUAUCUCUCUGGCAGGGCAGAGAGAUGGGCGACAGCUGAGUGGAUAAGAGACUCGCACAUCUGCUCCUCGGUGCAGCUGUUUACGGAGACACUGAGCAAGAUCUUCAACACCACUAGCCCCGGAAGAGAGGCGGCGAGAGCACUGAUGGGAUUUCGCCAGGGCAAUCGACGCGUCUCGGAUUACGCUAUUGAAUUCCGCACGUUGGCAGCCGAUAGACCGGAGGAAGUCCAGACCGGACUAUUCUACUCCCGUCCAGAGGGGGCAGUCAACUACUACUCAGCAGCCCUGGCAGGCUUCGGCGCGGUUCACCCACACGGCCGGCGCAUCUGCGCCCUCUACUGCACACCCUCUCAUUUUGGGGUUUCCAUGGCUCUCCAAACACAACCCUCACAUGAACUGGGGUACAGGGGAGAUAACAAGUUGGGACAAGAACUGUUCGAUUCAUCGGAUGCGGAUUUCCCAGAUCUCUCCCAAGUUCCUCCAUGUUACCUAGACCUCAAGGAGGUCUUCAACAAGACACGGGCUACCUCUUUACCACCUCAUCGACCUUAUGAUUGCGCCAUUGACCUGCUACCAGGAGCUGGGUUUUUCUUCGUGGCCAAGAAGGAUAAAACGCUCCGCCCAUGUAUUGAUUAUCGGGGUUUAAAUGAGAUAACCAUCAAGAAUCGUUAUCCUCUUCCCCUCAUCUCCUCUGCGUUUGAGCUAUUAAGGAACGCUAAGGUCUUCACCAAGUUGGACCUGAGGAACGCUUAUCACUUGCCACUUCCUGUGCCCCAUCGCCCCUGGUCUGACAUCGCUCUGGACUUCGUUACCGGGUUGCCUCCUUCGAAAGGUAACACCACCAUUCUAACAGUUGUGGAUCGUUUCUCUAAAAUGGUUCAUUUUAUUCCCCUGCCCAAGCUGCCUUCGGCCAAAGAGACUGCAGAGGCUGUCCUGGAACACGUGUUUCGCAUUCAUGGAUUCCCGAAGGAUGUGGUGUCAGACCGGGGUCCACAGUUUGUGUCGCAAUUCUGGAAGGCGUUCUGUUCCCUCCUCGGUGCCACAGUGAGUCUCUCUUCCGGUUAUCAUCCCCAGUCCAACGGCCAGGCAGAGCGCAUGAACCAGGACCUGGAGACCGGUCUACGAUGCCUGGUCUCCCAAAACCCGGCCACCUGGAGUAAGCACCUCAUCUGGGUAGAGUAUGCACAUAACACAUUACCCAGUGCUUCUACAGGCCUUUCUCCCUUUCAAUGUGUCCAUGGCUAUCAACCUCCAUUGUUCCCCGACUUGGAGGAGGAGGUCAAUGUUCCUUCUGCGCAGAGGUUCAUACAUCGGUGCCGUCGGAUUUGGAGUGGGGUCCGGGAGGUCCUCCUAAGAGGCUCUGUCCGUACAAAAAGAGCGGCGGACCGACGUCGGACUCCUGCACCUUCUUACCAACCGGGCAAUAAGGUUUGGCUGUCUACCCGGGACAUUCCCCUACGUGUGGAGUCCCGCAAGUUGGCUCCCCGUUUUAUUGGUCCAUUCCCCAUCUCCAGGAUUAUCAACCCCGCUGCAGUGCGUCUCCAGCUGCCCAGUUCCAUGAGGGUGCAUCCAACCUUUCACGUUUCUCGGAUCAAGCCGGCAUUGGAGAGUCCGUUGGUUCCGCCCACCAAGCCCCCGCCUCCUCACAGAUCGUCGAUUGAGGUCCUGUUAAAGAUUGUUAACAGCACUUACCUGUGUCUCCGAGUCGUGCGUUUGAAUCCACACACCAUCCUGGAUCCCUUACAGACGGGGCUGCAGCGGUGCUCGGUGCAGCUCUACUGCAGCGGCAACGCAACCUGGAGGAGUCACGUUUCUGAGGAGGAGCAGUCGUCCUGCUGUGCUUCGUGUCAGGACGUCCUGAAGGAUCCAGUCUCCACCAGCUGUGGACACUGGUUCUGCAGACAGUGCAUCACCUCAUACUGGGACCAGUCUGGUUCUUCAGGAAACUUCUCCUGUCCCCAGUGUGGACAAAGAUCCAGAACAGGAGCUGGAGCAGAUCGUGGUCUGCAGGAGGUUUCAGAUGAACAUAAGCUCAGUCUGAGGAGGAGAUGUGAACAUGUGACUGAAGGAACUGAUGAAACAGGAAGUAGAACCCUCCUCAACAGGAUCUUCACUGAGCUCUACAUCACAGAGGGACAGAGUGAAGAGGUUAAUACUCAACAUGAGGUGAGGCAGCUUGAGACGAUUUCCAAGAGGAAGAGCCUCCACGACACUCCCAUCAGGUGCCACGACAUCUUUAAAGGCUUCACUGACCAGCAGAGCAGCAUCAGAGUCGUCCUGACCAACGGCGUCGCUGGCAUUGGAAAAACCUUCUCUGUGCAGAAGUUCGCUCUGGACUGGGCAGAGGGUUUAGAAAACCAGGAUGUGGGUCUGCUGACUGUGCUUUCGUUCAGGGAGCUGAACCUGGUGAAGGACCAGCAGCACAGUCUCCUCACGCUGCUCCGUGUUUUCCAUCCAGCGUUACAGAAGCUCACGGCAGAGACGCUCACUGUCUCUAAACUUUUGUUCAUCUUUGACGGCCUGGAUGAAAGCAGACCUUCUCUGGACUUCAACCACAGGGAGCUUGUGUCUGAGGUCACACAGAGGUCAUCAGUCAACGUGCUGCUGACAAACCUCAUCCGGGGGAAUCUGCUUCCCUCGGCUCUCGUCUGGAUAACCUCCAGACCUGCGGCGGCCAAUCAGAUCCCUCCUGCAUGUGUUGACAGGGUCACAGAAGUACGAGGCUUCACUGACGCCCAGAAGGAGGAGUACUUCAGGAGGAGAUUCAGUAAAAAAAAGUUCUGCAGCAGAAUCAUCUCACACAUCAAGACGUCCAGGAGCCUCCACAUCAUGUGUCAAAUCCCAGUCUUCUGCUGGAUCAGUGCUACAGUUCUGGAGCACAUGUUGACCACAGAGCAGAGAGGAGAGCUGCCCAAGACCCUGACUGACCUGUACUCACACUUCCUGCUGGUUCAGACAAAGAGGAAGAACAACAAGUACGGUGAGGGACAUGAGACGACUCCAAAGCAGCUGAAGAGGGCAGACAGGGACGUUCUCCUGAAGCUGGGGAGGCUGGCACUUAAACAUCUGGAGGAAGGAAACAUCAUGUUCUACCAAGAAGACCUGGAGCGGUGUGGUCUUAAUGUCACAGAGGCCUCGGUGUACUCAGGAGUUUGUACUGAGAUCUUUAGAAGAGAGUGUGUGUUCUUCCAGAAAUCAGUCUACUGCUUUGUUCAUCUGAGCGUUCAGGAGUUUCUGGCUGCAGUCUACAUGUUCCACUGUUACACUAAGAGGAACAAAGAAGAACUCAACAACUUCUUGGGAACAUAUGGAAACACAUGGGGUACCUUUUCCCUGGAUGACCUCCUGAAGAGAACCAUGGAAAAAUCCCUAACCAGUACAAAUGGUCAUCUGGACCUGUUUGUUCGCUUCCUUCACGGCCUCAGUCUGGAGUCCAACCAGAGAGUCUUAGGAGGCCUGCUGGGUCGGACAGAGAACAAUCCUAAUAUCAUCCAGAGAGUCAUCAACAACCUGAAGGAGAUGCAGAGUGAUGACAUUUCUCCUGACAGAAGCAUCAACAUCUUCCACUGUCUGACUGAGAUGAACGACCACUCAGUUCAUCAGCAGAUGCAACAGUUCCUGAUGUCAGAGAACAAAUCAAAGAAGAAACUCUCUGUCAUCCACUGCUCAGCUCUGGCCUACAUGCUGCAGAUGUCAGAGGAGGUUCUGGAUGAGUUGGACCUGAAGAAGUUCAACACAUCAGACCAGGGUCGAUGGAGACUGAUCCCAGCUGUGAGGAACUGCAGGAAGGCUCGACUCGAUGGUUGUCGACUCUCAGCGACUCACUGUGAAGUCGUGGCCUCAGCUCUGAAGUCAGACCCCUCACAUCUGAGAGAACUGGAUCUGACUCUAAACAUGCUGCAGGAUUCAGGAGUGAAGCUGCUGUGUUCUGGACUGGAGAGUCCAAACUGUCGACUGGAGACUCUGAGGUUGAAGUACUGCAGUCUGUCAGAGAUCAGCUGUUCUUCUCUGGCUUCAGCUCUGAGGUCAAACCCCUCUCAUCUGAGAGAACUGGAUCUGAGUAGAAACAACAACCUGCAGGACUCAGGAGUGAAGGAGCUGUGUGGUUUUCUACAGAGUAGUCCAAACUGUCGACUGGAGACUCUGAGGUUGAGGUCCUGCAGUCUGUCAGAGAUCAGCUGUUCUUCUCUGGCUUCAGCUCUGAGGUCAAACCCCUCUCAUCUGAGAGAACUGGAUCUGAGUAGAAACAACGACCUGCAGGACUCAGGAGUGAAGGAGCUGUGUGGUUUUCUACAGAGUCCAACCUGUCGACUGGAGUCUCUGGGGUUGAAGUGCUGCAGACUGUCAGAGAUCAGCUGUUCUUCUCUGGCUUCAGCUCUGAGGUCAAACCCCUCUCAUCUGACAAAACUUGAUCUGAGCUACAACAACCUGCAGGACUCAGGAGUGAAGGAGCUGUGUGGUUUUCUACAGAGUCCAACCUGUCGACUGGAGUCUCUGGGGUUGGAUUACUGCAGUCUGUCAGAGAUCAGCUGUUCUUCUCUGGCUUCAGCUCUGAGGUCAAACCCCUCUCAUCUGAGAGAACUGGAUCUGAGUGACAACGACCUGCAGGACUCAGGAGUGAAGGAGCUGUGUGGUUUUCUAAAGAGUCCAUCCUGUCUACUGGAGACUCUGUGGUUGAUUGGCUGCAGUCUGUCAGAGAUCAGCUGUUCUUCUCUGGCUUCAGCUCUGAGGUCAAACCCCUCUCAUCUGAGAGAACUGGAUCUGAGCCACAGCAACCUUCAGGACUCAGAAGUGAAGGAGCUGCUUGAUCUAAAGCAGAGUUCAACCUGUCGACUGGAGACUCGUGGAAGUCUGUGUGAAGUGUAUCGUAACGUGUCCCAAUGUUUCCCAGUUUUUCCCAACGUGUCCAAAGUUUUUCCCAACGUGUCCAAAGGUGUCCCAAUAUGUCCCAACGUGUGUCCCAACGUGUCCAAAGUUUUUCCCAACGUGUCCAAAGGUGUCCCAAUAUGUCCCAACAUGUCCCAAUUUGUUCAAAUGUUUCCCAACUUGUCCUGA